UUUCAUUCAGUGCCGCCGGAGACGCUCCGAGCGCUACUAAUAGGCCCACUAGGAACACAUUUGCAGUUGGCCAGCUGCAGGUAGUAGUAGGUGUUACUCGCCAGUGUUUUGUAUUCGCCGUUAUUCCGAAGUUAGCUUUCGUUCUUCAAAUUCCGGUGCAAACCUUUCAGUGCUCACAAUGAGUUCCAAACUGAGGAAAGGAAUGCUCUUCGGCAUGGGAAAUCCACUUCUUGACAUAUCUGCAUCUGUGGACCCCGAAUUUUUGCAGAAAUAUUCACUGAAGAAUAACAAUGCUAUUCUUGCUGAUGAGAGCCAUGCUUCACUGUACACAGAACUUGUGGAGAAAUUUGACUGUAGCUACACGGCUGGAGGAGCCACACAAAAUACUCUGCGUGUCUUUCAGUGGGUUGUACAGAUUCCCGAAGUCGCCACAUUCAUGGGCUGCAUUGGUAGGGACAAGUUUGGUGGCAUUCUUGAGCAAAAAGCCAGAGAAGCUGGUGUCAAUGUAAGGUAUCAGUACUCCGACAAAGAGCCUACAGGCACUUGUGCUGUUUUGCUGACUGAUCAUGGAAAAAGCCGCUCCUUGUGCGCCAAUUUGGCUGCAGCACAGCUUUAUUCGGUCGAUCAUCUCUUGAAGCCUGAAAAUAAGGCACUGAUGGAAGAAGCCACUCAUUAUUACAUAUCGGGCUUCUUUUUGAAUGUCAGCAUAGACAGUAUAUUGACUGUGGCUAAACAUGCUUCCAGCAAGAAGAAAGUAUUUUGCAUGAACCUCAGUGCACCAUUCCUAUGCCGUCUAUUCAAGGAAAACAUGAUGGCUGCUUUCCCAUAUGUUGACAUUAUCUUUGGAAAUGAGACGGAGGCAAGAGAGUUUGCUGAUGUUCACAAUAUGAAGACCAAGGAUAUUACUGAGAUUGCCAAACUGAUAAGCAAGUUUCCCAAGGAGAACAAAGAGUUUGAAAGAAUGGUGGUCAUAACCCAAGGUGCUGAUGAGGUCAUUGUAGCUCAAG